CCACCUUUCAUGAGACCCAGACCCGCCAUCACCAAUCCAUCUCUGCCGCAUCCCAAUCUCCCUCUUCUUCCUCCGCCUCUUUCAAACCCUAGUUACACAAAAUCCCCUUCCUGGUCCCUCCCCUCCAACCACCAUGCUUCUCCCACUUCACUUGCCCCUGCCGGAGCUUCGUCAGUUUGUUUAUCAGUCUCGCCGACGACGGGAUUCAUGGUCGGUGGAGGAUUGUGCCGUUCAUGCACCCUGCCACUAUGGUGGAGGGCUGUAAGGACGAGAUCAGUGAGGGAAUUGGUUUAUCUUGUGAACGUGGAGUUCCUAAACUUUGGUUGCAAAAUCAAAAUUAAUUAAAAAAUGAAAAGAAAUUUCAAUCGACAAAGGCAGGAAGAGAGGGAGAGAAUAGUUACAGGGAUCUAAGGCAACCCGAGCGGGUUCCGGCAAAGGUCUCCAGCGGUUGCCACUACUGCUGGAAACACGAACGCAUUGUCGUAGUACCCUCUCGGCAGCGGCAGCGGACCCCGCGCUGUAACGCGCGCGUUGACGGUGCAGAUGAUGCACAUCUCCUCUUCCGGACCGGGUCGGAGGGUGACGAUCUGACACUUAAGAGGCGGGCGAUGAGAAUCUCGAAGCUGGAGCAGGAAUCGCAGAGGUGGGGCGGCGCGUCAUCCCUCUCCACCGUCUCGUCGAUCAGGGGUUUCUCAUCUUCCUACCAAACUUGGUCUAGUAGAAGCAGAUGGUGAGAUUGAGCUUGCGGGAGAGAGGCGGCGGGGAUGGCGGGCAGUGAUGGGAGUCGGAGGCAGCGGUCUGUUUCUAUUCCUCCCUUGUCGGCGGUGAACCAUCGAAGAAGGAAGAGGAAGAAAGUCGGGAGGAGAAGACGACACAUUAGGGAUUUUAAUUUGAAAAUUUGUUUUAAUAUGAAUCGGUUACUGAGUCGGGUUUGGUUAAAUGGUUGGGUUGGGCAUGAUGACAUGGCGGGUCGGAUUUGAUGAUGUGGCAGAUUAAAAUUGGGUGAGUUAGUACUUCUGUUAGCCACAUCAGCAAAUGACUGACGACGUUAACGGAAUUAGACGGAGACUAACGGUGAGUGACCAAACAUGAACUGUUAAACUAAUCUUAGUGACCAUUAUUGGAAUUAAAUAUUUUUGAUGACCAAACGUGAACGUUUUUAGUAAUUUCAGUGACCAAACUUGCAAUUAACCCAAAAUUUAAGAGAUGGAGGACGAUCACCAUCCUGUCGUCGGCUCAUUACUUCUCCAUUUUCCAGUUCUCAGCACCCUCUCCAGCUGAAGUUACCAAUCUCUCUCCCUCACACGACUUUAAAGUGAGCUCCAUAAAAUUUCGAUCCUGAAUCGGAAUCCAGAGGUCAAGCCCAACUCCGACCUUCCUCUGCUCUCAGCCUCUAAUAAGGGGAGACAGGAGAUUGACUCAAUGGUGCUUACCAAUUUUGACGGCGUCGGCGUUGGAUUUGGGUUUGGAGUUGGUUGUGGCUUCGGCGUUGGAUGGGGUUUUGGCGGCAUGCCAAUGAAUAUCUUGGGCCUUGGUGCAGGGGGUGGAUGUGGAGUUGGUCUAGGACUCGGAUGGGGCUUUGGCAGUGCCUUUGGUAGUCACUACAGAUCAUCCAGACUCACUUUCCAUGGCGUCGAAUUCGGUAACAAAGAUGAACCAAUCAAUAGCAGCAGCAGCAGCAGCAAGUCCACCAACAGCAAGACUCAUGCUAAUACCCCAAGCAGCAAGCAACUUCAGAAGCAGGUUUCAAGUUAGAGCAAUAGCUUCUUCAGAUUGUGCUGUAACCCCUAGUUCCAAGUUAUCGAGUGUUAGCUGGAGUUAGUGCAAGUGUUCUUAUGUUAUCAGUAAGCAGACUUGUAGUUGUGGAGAGCCGCAUAUUCCUGAUGUUCACUACACUUUCACAUCUCAAUGAAUUGGAAGCCACAUUGUUUGUGAAUCACUAUUAUCAAUCAAUCCCCAACAUCAAAUAAACAAAUAGAUGAAAUGUUU